UGCUGUGGUGGAUGAGGGGUGAGGCCAGCAGUCAUUCUGUCAGCAGAGCUACUGUGGAGGAGAAAAGAGGGAGAGAGAGGAGAGACUGGAAAAAGAGGAGGACCUGAAGGAGAAGAGGAGCAAAAGAAAAGAGGAAAACUGCAACGAAAAGAGGUGGGGAAAGUAGGAGGAAAGCCAGAGAAAAAGUAGAAGAAAAGUGGAGGAGAGAAGCUGAAUGAAUCGGUUCUCAGAUCAGAGCUGAAGAAGACAACUUGACGCUCUCGCUCAGGAAUGGGAACCAGCUUGCUGUAACUGACAUUAGCAAAGACUGAUCUCAUCAGAGAAGAUGGAGCCUUGGUUCUGCUCCUGCUGGGUUUCUCUUUGGAUGGUCACCGUCCUGUUUGGAAACAUCACGGCUUCACCAGCAAACUACACCAUCCACCACACCCCCGCCAACUUCGACCAGGCCAUGAACGAGUGCUCCCCCGGCGUCCUCACCACUCUUGCUACUGAACAGGAGGUCAACCACAUCUUCAAGCUGGUCUCUGAGUCAGUUUCGCUCCUAAAGCAGAAUGAAUUAACCUUCUGGAUUGGUCUGAGGAAGGUCAAGAAUGAGUGUGUGGUUCCCAUGCUGCCACUGAGAGGAUUCAAGUGGAUAGAGGACGGCAGUGAAGAGACGCAGGUGAUCCGCUGGAUGGAGGAGCCAGAACAAACCUGCACAACAGUCCGCUGUGCAGCGCUGAAGGGGAGGUCAAAUGGGUCAAUGGUGACCGGGUGGGGUCUGAUCCCCGUCAGCUGUAGGACCAGGUACCAGUUCAUCUGCAAGCUGAGAGACACAGAACCAGCUCCACCUCAGCCUAAACCUACUGCAUCGAAACUGAAACCUAGUGCAACAGAACCACAUAAACCCAAACCUAGACCUGCAACACAAAAACCAGAACCAACCACACCUGAACCUGAACAUGCUACCCAAGAACCAAAAGCAGACACUAAAAUUGGACCUGAACUACAGGGACUUAACCCUGACCCCAGUUCCAAACCAGCGCUGGGAUUGGACUCGUGUCAGAAACCCCAUGUCCCUGGUGCCCGCUUCCUCAGUCUGGACAACAACAACACCAGGACCUUGGUGGAUUGCUGGACCACCAUGCAGUUGGAGCUCCACUGCGCAGGCCGCCCUGCUGUGUGGCGGUUGCUGGACAGCUCGCCUGCCAACUUGACCACCAUCUGCCAGCCGUGUGAGAUCGGCUUCCAGAAGGAUGCCUCUGGACGCUGUGUGGACAUUGACGAGUGUGGCGGCGGUGACACCUCCUGCAGGCACACCUGCCUGAACACUGAGGGCUCCUACAGGUGUGUCUGCUCCGAUGAGAGUGGGGAGCAGCACAACGAGGACUCACCAGUGUGCACCAGUAUGCUGAUGAAUGAUGACAACAGCUUGAUGUCGGAUGUCCUGAUGUGGGUGCUUGUUGCCGUGGCAGCACUGGUGGUGCUGGUGGUGGUUGCGGUGACGAUAAAGUGCUGCCUGAAGAGGUGCUCAAAGAAACAGGAGGAAAGGGAGAAGAUGGCACUGAAGAGCAAAGAUGACAAGGAUUCCUUGGGAACAGCCAAUGAGAAGGCAGCAGUAUGAGGGAGCAGAGCUGUGAUUGGUUGAAGACAUGGCAGUGACAUCGUCAACAGUUUGCUGCUGGUCUCCAAAGUGACUCAAACUUUGUAGAAGUAAGAAAAAGUUUGUUUUUAAAGUUUUUUUUAACCUAAGAUCAGACGUUUUUUUGAUGUUAAGGUUUCUUCAGUGUUGAACUGUUAUUUACAUGAGGAUGUAAUUGCUAUGCAAAGAUGAGGGGCGCGUGAGGGACAGAUUGAUCAUAUAAUGUAGUUUGUUGGUGUAACCUCACCCUCAGGUGAGUCAAAGUAUGAAGUCUAUGAUCCCGUCUUUAACCAUUCAGAGACUCCUGCGAUUUCUGUGUCUGAAUUUUUGUUUGGUUCCUACAAACUUGAUUGUGAUAUUGAUUAUUGAUUUAAAGUUACUCAAUGGAUUUUUCUAUACAGACACAGAAAAGAGGAACUUACCUGGAGACAAGAGGAGUUUUUUCAUCUCAUUACCUGAUUUAUUUUAAUUUAAAGAUAACAUGUUCUUGAAGAUUGUGGAACUGAAUGGUUGAACUCUGACAGCAUAAAGACACAGUAAAGCUUCCUGAUGUGCUGAAGGCAGCUUAUCCCUGAGCUCCGACUUUCAGGCUGAAAUCUUUUUUUUUUUUUACUUUUUCAUUAUUUUAUCCACUUGUCUGUUUAUUCUGGUGUCUGGUGUUUAAAUUGGUUAAUUCUAAUUAAUUACACCAUGUAUUCAUUUUAGAUAAAGACUUACAGAUUAAUCAUUAAUCAGUAAUUGAUUGAUUAAUUACAAUUCAUUUAAAUUAUCCAAUAAACUGUUAUCUUUGACAUGGACUUGGGUUCAGGCUUGUCUAAGGGAUGAUUGGAUGUGAUUUGUUUUAUUUCAAUCAUUCGGACUCUAUUAUCUUUUUAUUUAUGGUUUGAAGAUUUAGGACACAGUGACUAUCAUUCUGUUGUAUGUAAUCAACAAAUGUGUUUAUUAAAGCCUUUUCUGAAGUAGACUGUGAUAACACGACCAGUGAAACCAGUAAACACAGGAGUUCAUUUUAAACGUCCAGCUGGUUCUUUCAGCAGGUUGUAAUGUGUUUUUUAAUCUGAAAUGACGAUUAAUUAACUAUAUUAAAGUCAGUAAACCUGA